GCGUCUCUUCGAUGUGCCUUAAUAUUGAACAAAACUCUCCUGUCCCCCUCCGCCUGUCGGUUUGGACAAGCCAGCGAGUCCCACUGACAGGAGCGGAGCCGAGGAAGAGCAGCAGGGAGGGGGCAGACGGCACCACCGCAGAGAUGGCGGCUGCAAUGGGGUCUACUACCCUGAGCAAAGAUGAUGUGAACUACAGGCUGCAUUUCCGCAUGAUCAACGAGCAGCAAGUGGAAGAUAUCACCAUCGAUUUCUUCUACAAGCCGCACACCAUCACCCUCCUGACCUUCACCGUCGUCAGCCUGAUGUACUUCGCCUUCACCAGGAAUGACUCAGACCCAGACAACAAUCUCUGGAUUGGGCUCAUUUUAGUGAUAUCCUUCUUUCUCAUCAUCAGUGUACUGGCCUUUCCUAAUGGACCAUUUACUAGACCACAUCCAGCAAUAUGGCGCAUGGUUUUUGGUCUGAGUGUCCUUUAUUUCCUCUUCUUGGUGUUUGUGAUCUUUCUGAACUGGGAGCAGGUCAAAGGGCUGAUGUACUGGCUCGACCCCAAUUUGCGCUACGCCACUCGCGAGGCUGACAUCAUGGAAUACGCAAUCAACUGUCACGUCAUCACCUGGGAGCGGAUUCUCAGCCACUUUGACAUCUUUGCCUUCGGACACUUCUGGGGCUGGGCCAUGAAGGCUCUUCUGAUCCGCAGUUACGGGCUGUGCUGGACGAUCAGCAUAACCUGGGAGCUGACAGAGCUGUUCUUCAUGCACUUGCUGCCCAACUUUGCCGAGUGCUGGUGGGAUCAGGUCAUUCUGGACAUCCUGCUCUGCAAUGGGGGCGGCAUCUGGCUGGGAAUGACCGUGUGCCGCUUUUUGGAGAUAAGGACAUACCACUGGGCCAGCAUCAAGGACAUUCACACCACCACGGGCAAGAUUAAACGAGCAGUGAUGCAGUUCACCCCCGCCAGCUGGACCUACGUGCGCUGGUUCGACCCCAAGUCAUCCAUUCAGAGAAUCGCUGGAAUUUACCUCUUCAUGAUAAUCUGGCAGCUUACGGAGUUGAAUACAUUCUUCCUGAAACACAUCUUUGUGUUCCAAGCCUGUCACGCUCUGAGCUGGUGCAGGAUUCUCUUCAUAGGGAUCAUCACUGCCCCCACCGUUCGGCAAUACUAUGCAUACCUCACAGAUACACAAUGUAAAAGGGUUGGAACUCAGUGCUGGGUAUUUGGGGCUAUUGCGUUUCUGGAAGCCCUAGUCUGCAUUAAGUUUGGACAAGACUUGUUCUCCAAAACCCAGAUCCUGUAUGUUGUUCUUUGGCUCCUGUGUGUGGUCUUCAUUACGUUCCUCUGUUUGUACGGAAUGGUGUGGUAUGCAGUACGCUCAGGACAAAGGCAGAAGAGCCUUUCUGAAUGUGAAGAAAGCACCUACACUGAGGCACCUAGUUUGCAGUAUGAAAAUCUUAAAGGUGAGAAAGAUUCCUUAAACACUUCACACACUUCAAGACGGAAGAAGGGAUCUUCAAAAACCAAAGUCGCCAAUGGGUUCAGUGGAAAGAAGUAAAGCCACACUGUGUUCGGGGCUGCCGUAGUGUGCCAGACAGACCGAGCACGGGCAGGGGAGCGGACUGCCGAGACACACUUUUGGAAACUAAUUAGCCUUGAUGCGAUGGAGAGUAAUGCAUCCAAAGUCAAGGGCUGGUACCUUACACAGAGGCACCUUUGAGUUGAGACCUGCUGUUGUUCUUAAAACGCAGCAUUUAUCAGUCUGUUACAGUGUGUCCUGUCCCCUGCAAUCAGCUUGUCACAAAUCAGUAUGUGUGUUCGUUUAUUACGCUUUUAAGCAAAAUCCUUUUUUGUAAUGUGAACUGAAGUUAAACAAACGGUUUGACUGAAUGACUGGUUUAAGAGUGCUGUGGUAAGGUUGUUGUUUUUUUUCCUGUUUUAGACUGAUCACACAAAGCACACGCUUCAUGCACUUUUUUUCUGUACUGCUAGCCGCAUCCCUCUGGUUUAAGGACAUAAGAAAGAUGGGAAAUGAAAGCAGGCCAUUUGUCUUAGAGUCAAACAUUUUGUCCCACUGUUUGUUGAGGGAGCUCAUAGUUUCACUCUCACCUAUCUCGCUGGGAAACCUGUACCUCAUACCCACAAUAGUUCAUAUUCUCCUCUUCUCUGCCCUAAGUAGAUUACCUUUAGUUAUUAUUUGUGAUACUGAGUCCUUGUUUAACUGUACAGGGCUUACUCUCCCUGUACAUAUUAGGACUUGAUUUGGAUAUAAUAUAUACUCGCCAUGUCCUUUGUUCUAGGCUGGAGAGAUUUAUCACCUUUAGCCUGUUUAUAUCUGGAAAUCAACAGAGACCAGGAAUUAUUCUUAUUGCUCUUCUUUAAACAAUUUGUAAAGUAACAUCCUUUGAAAGGUAUGGUGACCAAAACUGAGCACAGCAUGUUAAAUGAAGCCUUACUAGUGCAUUGUAAAAUAUGAACAUAAAUUCCCUUGAUUUACAUUUCACACUUUUUCCACACUUAAUGCUCUUCACCCAAGAAUGUUUCGCCCUGUUAAUGUUUAUGUCCUGAUGAGGACGUAAACUUGAGUCGCCCAUGCAAUCUGUAAAUUGCAUGUUCCAGCUUCACGUGUGGAUCACUUUCCACAGAGCAAAGUUAAAUGUCAUUUGCCAUCUGUCUGACCACUUUGUCUGUCUUUGUAAAUCCUUUGCAGUUGCAUUUGCAUUGAUGGCUUCCCUUGUAUUUGUUUCACCUGCAAGUUGAACUAGUUUGCCAGCAUCUCUAGACAGAUAAGUAUAAGUGGUGGGCCGAUAAUGGAUCUGUGAGGUAGACCACUGCUUACAGCUACCCAAUUAGAGGUCAAGCCCUUUAAAAUGACGCUCUGUUUCCUGCACGUUUACUAGUUAAAGAAGAUCACCUUUCCUUUCUACCUCGAUACUGGCUGUCUCCUAAAAGAGUCACUUGUUCUUCUAGUUAAACUUUCAUGAUAGUUUUCAUAACUUCACUAGUUAUAGUUGUAACACUAGUGUAUAGGAUGGAUAUAUCCUUCUCUGGAGCACAGUGCCCACUUCUUCACCAGUAACUCACCCACACUGCAGGUCCAUUAGAAAAGUGAGAUAUUACUGCACCAGCUGUAUGAUGAGGGUGAAUUAGGGAGGCUCGCCUGUUUAGCCAGGAUUCACACCCUUUACAAACAGUGCCACAGGUACUUGAAUGGUGAAAUAGUCAGGUUAUAGGUUAAACAUUUUCAACAGCAAGGUGUCUGCAGUCACUCUGAGGAGGGGCACUUGCUUUGACGUUCUGAUGCAGAGGAUUGAGCGACACUGUGACACACAGGCUCCCCAGUGUGGUGACCACGCUGGUCACCUAGUUAGCUUGACCAAUUUGGCCUGAUCUUUUGCUCGUGGUGGUGUGCUCUCAAAAUUCUUACAUUGUUUUUUAUACAUACUGUACACUAGUUACAUAGUUAAUGGCUGAAUUUGUAUGGUAGCAGAGGUCAGUCAACUGUGGCUCAAACUCUUGGAUCUCAGACUGGAGAUUCUUAGCUUCUCGGCAGCAUUGAUAGAUGAAGUCGAUGGACUUCGUGUAUUCAUCCGAGAUACCCAGCUGCAGACCACACACUACAGUAACCUUUGUCAACAUAGCAGUGUGCAGUGAGCUUACCAUCAGUCACUAAAGUGGAACUCUAGCAACUAGACACUCCUGACAAAUCCUCACUCUGGGAUUUACUCUGGUGAGGUGGUAUGAAUUGAGGUCUCCCAGGUCAGACAGGCCUUAUCAUUGGUGGACUGUGACUGUAACUUCUUGCCAAGGGAGACAUUGCUGGCUGUGCCUGUGUGGCAUCAGGUUUGAUAUUCAGCUCAUUAAAUCACCUCAUCACCUCUGGCCAAUCAGCUCUCAUUAAUGAGGUGAUUUUGUGCUGAUGUGACAAAGUCUCCUGAGUCUGUAUCACUCGAGAAUACAUUGGAAUUAUGUAACACUUAAUAUCUCAAAUUCAUGUACUUUAUGUUGCAAAAAUCAUUGAUUCUUAAAUGAUGGCAUUUCUUUGGAUGCUAAAGUAUGUUUUUAAAAUAUCAUUUUUGUUAGCCAAAUUCAAGGUUAAAAAAAAUGUAGUCCUUAAUUAUUUAUUGCACCUAAUUGCUUUACACUAAGUGAGUUCUUGGAGCUCACAAGAAAAAAAAAAGAUUCUACUUGAAAAACGGUAACAAAACCAGAAAUGUUAACUUUGUACAUAGGGAUGUACCUUUGUUUCUUUCCACUGUUUCUACUUAAAUUGUUUAAUUUCAUCUGAAAAUGAAAGUUUAAAUGUAAUGUCAUGAUACUGUAAGCUUGACAAGUCUGAAUUACAUUUGAAUAUUUUUAUAUGGAAUUUGGGCUUUUAUUAUCAGUCAUUCCAAUUUCUUAAACCAUUUUUAACUGAAUUGUGGUGUAUGUUUAUGUAAAAUUCAAAAGAGCAAUGAAUGGCAAUUUCAGACAAUGGCUUAAUGUGUCUCAAGAUACACGACAAAUACUGAAGAAUGCAAUAUUUGUGAGAGAAUAAGAGUUGAUCUGUCAAGAUUUUGGUUAUUAUUAUUAUUAUUGGUAAUUGUUACAAUAAUGCCUCUGGAGAUUCACAGACAAAAACAGAACUUCCCAGGCAAAUAUGUCAAGAUAUAUUCAUUUUGUUACUGACAUUCACCUAGAACACAAUCAUAAAAUCGAAGCAGCUUUCAUUGUUGUGGGCCUGCAGUACAAAAACACUCAAGUUUAUUGUUCAGUGUUUAACAAUCUGAAUUGUUUCUUUUCUUCAUCUAUCCCACCAUGAUCAUCUGUAGUAUUAGGUGUGUGAUUAUAACACCUGGGAAAGUCUAAUUUCCCAUGCAAUAAUAAAAAUGAAAAUGUAUAAAACAUCCGAAAUUAAUGGCUCAUCUUCAAUACACUUUCUUUUAAUGGGAGUGAGGCGAAAGAGGGGCUGUCUCAUUUCAUCCCACAACGAAUCUUUCCCAUUUUCAGGAAAAGGUAAAAGAGGACGCAAGUUUAAGAGAGGGUCCUAUAACUUGCCACUUGGCUCCCUGUGGUUUGAGAAGUCUGAAAUUGGCCUUUUGGUUUCUUUAAAAUGUACUGCACUGUCUUCUUUUGGCAUGCUCUGGAAACAAAAUGCUUCAAGGAAUUUUUUCUGCCGUCACUUGCGAUUUUGUGUCAGUCAAUCUAAAUUUAAAGCUGAGAGAAGCUCAACAAAACUGCCGUUUUGCUGUUUGCAUGUAAAUGUGGCAAAGUUGAUCGAUGUUGUCCUCUGUGUAAAAAUAAAAUCAAAAAUUUGGAAGUGUACUGAAGCGAUGAGUUUUAAAAAAACAAAUCAAAUACGGAUGGCACAGCCCUGUUGAAAUGCUUGAGUGUUAUUUUUUCUGGUUGUUUUCACAGGACGAAGCGGCUCUUUUAACAGUUAUUUGCAGGGUCUGUGCCAAUGAUGUAUAAACUUGUAUUUUCCUUUACAGUAUUGGUCUGUAGUCAGUUCCUAGCUGGCUCUGUUGGUCAUGGGAUUAUUUAAAACUAUAUGAUCUUUCCAAUUACACUUUCUGGCUUAACUAGAUAAUGGCGUAUGCUAAAAUGGGAAGAAUCCGCUGAUGACAACCGUAUGGAAAAUAUGCAAAAUUCAUGGUCUGUGGUGCGGACCAGUCUUUGCGCAUAGAGAAAUGUGGAUCUGAUAUGGAAAGAGAAUCCAAUCUGUAAAAAGGUUAUGGUGUUUUAUGUGGUUACGAAGGCCCUGUUCGUUAUUUACAUCAUGCAAUUUAUCUUAUUUUCCCCAGCAUCUACAGUGGACAUUGUAAGGCAUGGGUGGGGAACUGGCCAGUAAAGAAAUCUGAAUAUUUAAGCCUGUGACUGUAUCCUCAGGAAAAUACAAAUUAUUUUGUAUGUACUGAAAGUGAAUGACUUCUAAAAUAAAUUCAUUAAAUCUU